UUCUGCCCUGAUCUGCCCUGAUCUGCCCCAUGCAAGAUACACACUUAGGUAUAGGGCCGGGCUGUCCGUUUUUGUGAGACCACAGUGUAGAUGAUGAGCCCAGGUUACCCGCACUAAGAUUGCUCCGCCAUUCGGUGGCAUAAGUUAGAUGUAUCAUGCAUUGGGGAUGCCUACUAUUGGUAGAUUGAAGGUUGGACGGCGCAGAAGUGCCUGGUAUCGACGGUCUCGGAGGAUCUACAAGCCGUGGCAGUAAUUUAGGCAUGGUUGGCACCGGCGUAGAAGUUCAGAACAAGGGGCCAUCUUCCGAAGAUACCCAUGGCCAUUGGCGUGGAAAAGCCUUUCUCUCUGACAUCUAGCCUGGAAUCGAACUUCAACGUAAACAUGAGCAGCUCCCAGGAAACUAUCGAGGAUGAUUCACUCUACCAAGAUAUAAUAGGUGUGUGUAAUCGAAAAGACGAAAAGAGUCUUGAAGGCGCGGCACAAAAUGAAGAACCAGGCACCGACCAGGAAGCUAAGCCGCAGACGGCUUCAUUAACACGAGCGUUCCCCGAAAAUAACGAUGCUCUCUUUAACAACGAAACUCUCAUAGGCGCCAUUGAGAGACUGGCCGGUGCUGUACUGGUCCUGUCUGGUAAACAUGAUCUGAUCUUGGAAAAGGUCGAGAAGUUGGAAUCAAUGAUUGACAUGCUGUCCCAUCAAGUUGUAUCUAAGUUGGCGGAUAGGGAACCGAGCGAGAGUGAUGCUGAGGUUACUAAAGAGGUUCGCUGUCGCAAAUGCAGGAGCGAGACUCCCGACAGUAUUGCUGGAGCAAACAAAAGGGCAAGGCACGUAUAGAAUGGACGUCUCGACCAGUAUAUUCAUGGUGGUCUCUCGAGAAUUAUACAAUGCAUACCGAUAUUGCCGAGUCUUCGCAGAUAGGAUUUCCAAGUGUCAUCACGGCGAGGUCAUUGUGAUCGAUUGAAUGUAGAAAUAUAGUGCAGAUGUCAUGCUACGCCUAGAGCCCUCACAGCGUUACGCUUCUCUUGAUCGAACUCCGGGCUGCUGCUAUUGGCGCAUGUCAUUUUCUUGAUAAGUAAUCUCUUCCUCUUUCGAUUCGGAGACAAUUCUCCAAGUGGCAGCCUAGGAGCGGGAAAACGUG